AUUUUUUUUCGUGGAUGUAAUCAGUUGUAACACUUUCUUGCAAACGUGCCUCAUCGUUCUGUGUUUGAUAAAAUGUCUAUCCUAAAGAUUGUAGCAGUUGCCCUUCUAGCUUCAGUUUUAUCAGCUGUCGAUUCUAGCAUUGUGCCAGCCGUCCGAUACACCCAUGUAGCUCCUCCCAGCGUGCUUCCAUUUUCAGCCCAAGUUAGCACCUUUACGCGAAACUUGCAUGUAUUUGAUGCCCCAUAUGCUGCGGGAGUUAUCCCCGGCCCUCCAGCUAUCGUUCAAAGGGCAAUUCUUCCAGCACCAGUGGCACCUUUAGCUCCAGCUCCCUUUGUUCCUGCACCUUUCCUAUCUAGAGCUGCACCUGUGCUUCCAGCUCCUUUUCCAGGGUAUCCCUACAUAAACCCAUAUGUACGGUCUCUACAUGGUGUAGCUCCACCAAUAGCUCCUGUUCCAUUGUUAGGAUGAAGCAUUUUAGAUAUAGGAAAAUUGUAGAUAAUGUAGUAAAAACCAGAGCACUGGUACAACUAGUACCAGCUGAGAGUGUUUUCGCGACUGAUUUGUAGCCAUAGGUUAAGAGAUAAACAUUUUUAAAUAUAGCGUGUUGGUUUAAUAAA